GUUGGAGCGAUCCCUUGGCAGUAGCGGCUGCAUGGAGAGUUCCAAAGGAGGAGGAGAGGUGAGAAGACUCAACAUCGUCUACUUCCUAAGCCGGAAUGGCAGAGUCGAACACCCUCACCUUAUUCGGGUUCACCACCUUCAUCGUAAUGGCGUUCGACUUCGCGAUGUCAAGAGAUGGUUAUCAGAGUUGAGGGGGAAGGAGAUGCCGGAGUCCUUCGCUUGGUCAUAUAAGAGGAGAUACAAGACGGGGUACGUGUGGCAGGAUUUAAUGGAUGAUGAUCUUAUCACACCGAUCUCCGACAAUGAAUACGUCCUCAAAGGCUCCGAAUUUUCUGAUGCUCCAACUUUCCAAUCUUUCAAUGAGCAGUCUUGUGGUGAUGGGAAGAAACCAAAAGCAGUGGAAGAAGAAGAAGAAGAAGAAGAAGGAGAAGGGACGAAGAAGGUGGCGCCCGAGAAAACCGCCGCUGACACGCUCCAAAUCGAGCCCGACGACGACGGCGUCUCUCCGAAGCCACCGCCGUGCUUGGACCAGGACUCGCCGCCCGGUCAGCCGCAGGGCUCGGAUGCAUCGGAUGAGCCGAUCCGAAGAGCCGCUUUGUUUAAGUUGGAUUUGUCGAGGGAGCUCGAGAAGGAGAAGGAGAAGAAGGGAGAGGAACGGCAAGGAGCUUCUCCGGCGAUGGCAUGUCAUAGUAUCAAUCACAGCAACAGGAGCAAGAACAAUAAAAACAAUUACUCUAGCAGGGCUUCGCACGUGAUUAGGAACAUUCUCACGUGUGGGCAAGUGGAGACGAAUGACUCUGCCUUAAGGACCAUCGUGCGGAGGAACGGUGGUGAUGGAUCCCAAUCAUGCCAUCAGGGGGACAAGUCCAAUAAUUCCAGAAAAGGACGGUCAACGAGUGGAGCGAAGACAAGGCCGGGAGAGAAGGCAGUCCCAGCGGCCUACAAGCCGGCAGCAGCGCCCAAUUGCUCGCAAUGUGGAAAGGCAUUCAAGCCAGAGAAACUGCAUUCGCAUAUGAAAUCAUGUAAAGCUCUAAGAGUGCGAGGAAGAAGCAUGGACUCAGAGAGGAUGCCAUUAAGAACAGAGUCUCUACGGGAGGACUUUUCUACAGAGUCAGACCAGGGUUUUCUAUUGACGCAUUAGUUCUAUAAUCCUCUGCCUCUGUAUAAAGCUAGAAAUGUACAAGUCAUCCAUGUCAGUUUAUUGAAAAAUGAUUGGUGCCUCAGAUAAUAUUUCAAAUAUCAAAUUUGAAUAGUUCAAAAACCUGAUUUUAAUUUCCCUUUUUUUUGAGGG